UUUUAUGUUACUAUUGUGGAUUCUGCUGCUUUAGGCUAAAUGGAUUUAGUGUCCAUAAAGUGACUUUGUAGGUGUACGUAAGUCAAUGAAGUCGCUGUCCUGUAUCGUCUUAUAUCGAUUCGAUGCAUUCAGUGUUUGCGCAGUUUGUAGGCUAAGUGUUAUUUGGCACCUCUGCCGCGAUUACGAACCACGCGAUUAAUUACUUCGAUGGCAGCGCGUGACAUUGUCUCCGGAGCCGCGUAUCUGAGUGGGAAUUUAGAGAAUAUCAGAGGGAUAUCCCAGCAUUAUUAUUCUCCACAUGGUUAUGGCUACGGUGGGAGCUGUUAAGGUAGGUUAACUCGCUGUGAAGUCUCAGCUAAAGCAGAGAACUGAUGACGUUAGGUUGAAUGACCAAUCGGAAAGCGCUGCCCUUUGGAGACAAACCAUUUUACUUGUAGUGGCUGCAUCAAGUCUGGAAGCAAGGACUCAAAUUUAACAGAAUCCACCUUAAAAUCUCUGCCUUUACUCAAGCCCACCUUCCACCAUACCGCGUGAGAAUUACAGGACAAAAAACGAUAAAUUGUGGCGGUAAUAACGCAAAAUCUCCUAACCACGGAAGGAAAGAAACGAACACAACCAAUGGACUCAUUUGGACUUCAGAGAUAGGGGUAAGUGCUCUCAAAGCAGAAAAUUUGAUGAUGACCAUGACUACAAUGGCUGACGGUCUGGAGGCUCAAGACUCGUCAAAAUCUGCUUUCAUGGAGUUUGGACAGCAGUCGCACUCACAACAGAGCUCCCCGUCGAUGGCCGCCAGCCAUUAUCCGCUCCACUGUCUUCAUUCCGGAUCUCAUCAUCAUCAUCAGCACGACAGCUCUCCGUACUCCGGCUCGAACUCCUAUAACAGGUCGCUGCCUUACUCCUAUGUAAGCCAUCCCCACCACAGUCCAUACCUGCCGUCCUACCACAGUAACGCCAGCGGAGCACAGACCAGGUUAGACGCCACAGAACAGCAGAAAACAACAGUGAUUGAAAAUGGAGAAAUACGAUUCAACGGAAAAGGCAAAAAGAUCAGAAAACCGAGGACGAUUUAUUCCAGUUUGCAGCUCCAGGCACUAAACCAUCGUUUCCAGCAGACUCAAUACCUGGCGCUACCAGAGCGCGCGGAGCUGGCUGCCUCUCUCGGGCUCACGCAGACACAGGUAAAGAUAUGGUUUCAAAACAAAAGGUCCAAGUUCAAGAAGUUGUUAAAACAAGGUGGUAACCCUCACGAGAGUGACCCUUUGUCCGGCUCCAUCGCCUUGUCCCCGCGCUCUCCAGCCAUUCCUCCUAUCUGGGACGUCUCAACCUCCUCUAAAGGAGUAAACAUGUCUGCCAACAGCUACAUGCCCGGUUACUCACACUGGUACUCUUCGCCUCACCAGGACGCCAUGCAGAGAUAGGCAACUAGCUCUUUUUAGGCCAGAGGCCUUGAUGUUGACAUCUUGUCUUCGCCCUGUUCACGUGCGCUAGGACGCACAUUGUCAUCGGCUUAACAUCCUUAAUAGAGACCUAUUCUGGCCUAUUAAGAGGACGAUUUCUUUUGAAGGAUGAAGACAUGUGACGUGGGAAGGUCAACAAUGGAACUAACUGUCGGUAGCAUCAAAAACAGAUUGAUUAAAAAAAUCUGUUCUCACGUUUGACUCUAAUCAAACAUUCAUCGCCAACAUGAAAUCGGAACAGGAAGCUAAACGUUUUGUCACAUCACACGCGCACGCACGCGCUUGAGUCGCAUUUGAAAACGAACUCAAACCUCAUGGGUAGAUGUUUCUGAUCAUGCAAAUGCAAGCAAUUUGAUUGUAUAAAUAUAUUGUCCGAUUUUAGUUGUUAAAAAAACUUUUUAUGUUUUGUCAUAAAUGGAGUAAACAUGACUUAAGGUA